UCCUCUCUCUGUCCUCUCUGUCCUCUCUCUCUCUGUCCUCUCUCUCUGUCCUCUCUGUCCUCUCUUCUCUCUCAGCGUCGUCUCGGGGACGCGGCGAAGAAAGCGAUCGGGAAGUUGACGACGAGGACGGUGAAGAAAGGAGACAAGGAAACCGACCCAGACUUUAACCACUGUGCCGUCUGUAUCGAGGCGUACCAGCUGAACGACGUGGUCCGAAUCCUGCCCUGCAAACACGUCUUCCAUAAGGUGUGUGUGGACCCGUGGCUGAACGAGCACUGCACCUGUCCGAUGUGUAAGCUGAACAUCCUGAAGGCGCUCGGCAUCAUGACCAGUCUUCCCUGCGUGGACAGUGUGGUGUUGGACGUUGAGCGUCUGGGCGUCAAUCAGGCGUCUGGCAGCCAGAGGGCGACACUGGGUGACAGCAACCAGCCGUCCAUCAGCCUGGAGCCACUUAGCCCCCCCCACUCUGAGGCCACGCCCAGAACACCUGCUGACAUCACCAUUGCCGUGACGAGUAAGAACACAGCACCACGCAAUACACGGUGCCAUGACACGACGCCCCGAAAUCAUCACAAGACCAACACGGGGAAACUUUACAUUCUUAGAACAACUUUACACUGUCACAGAACAACUUUACACUGUCACAGAACAACUUUACACUGUUUUAAAGCAACUUUACACUGUCACAGAACAACUUUA